GGCAGGCAACUUCUUACAGUGCAAGCAUAGCCACUGCUGGUGAAGAAGCUGGUUUGCUCCUAACCGUGGGACACACAACCAAGAGAGUCAACUUUCACUCCUGGUUCAAAUCACACCUCACCACAGGUUCGCUGUCACAAUGGAUGCCAUUCCCUUCUUCCAGAUAGCCUUUCAUCUUGUUUGGACUCCUGUAGACAAGCCAUAUGUACCUAGACAGUAGUACAUGAUUCCUUGACUUUUAAUAUUUUUACACCAGCCAUCGCAUACUACUCCAUUCAGUUGACUCAUGAUUUAAACUUUCUUUUCAAGGCAAUUAUGGAUUCAACCACACUGGUGGCCGUCACUGUUGCCACCACCACGGUGGCUCUGGCCUCCCAGUCGGACAUGUCCGGUUACUUGUGGCUCUUGAUAUUUGGCUUUGUGAUUGCCUUUGUCCUGGCUUUUUCCGUUGGGGCCAAUGAUGUGGCCAAUUCCUUCGGUACGGCUGUCGGCUCCGGGGUGGUGACAUUGCGACAGGCCUGUGUCCUGGCCACUAUCUUUGAGACAGUGGGCUCGGUCCUGCUGGGGGCCAAAGUCAGUGAGACCAUCCGAAAGGGCGUCAUUGACGUCGAGAUGUACAACGGCUCUGAACACGUCCUCAUGGUGGGGUCAAUAAGUGCAAUGUGCGGCUCUGCUGUGUGGCAAUUGGCUGCAUCAUUCCUGAGGCUCCCCAUUUCUGGAACUCACUGCAUUGUUGGAGCCACAAUAGGUUUUUCCAUGGUAGCUAGAGGUCAACAUGGGGUCAAAUGGGUUGAGCUUCUCCGUAUAGUGGCCUCCUGGUUCCUGUCACCAGUGCUCUCUGGCAUCUUGUCAGGGGUUCUUUUUUACUUUGUUCGCAAAUUCAUUCUUAAUAAGGCUGACCCGCUCCCCAAUGGCCUCCGAGCUCUUCCACUGUUCUACGCAUUUACUGUGGCAAUCAACCUCUUCUCAAUCAUGUUCACAGGAGCACCAAUGCUGGGAUUUGACAGGGUGCCAUGGUGGGGUACACUGUGCAUCUCGAUAGGAUGCGGUGUCAUCACAGCAUUGGUCGUUUGGUUUAAUGUCUGUCCGCGCCUUAAGAGGAAAAUACAACAAAAAUUAGGUGCUGCUCCCUGUGAGACUCCUCUGAUGGAGAACAACACUAAUGAGCAUGCUCAAGUGGUGGACAUAUCAAUACCGCAGCACCCUCCACCUCAGAGCCCUCCGAAAGACAGUCACAAUGUUGCUUUUAAACUCGGAGGUUCCGAAGAGGCUGAUCUAGAGAUGGAGACCAAAGACAUGGAUGCUAGCAAUGACAGCAAUGUUGGUCCCAUGAUGAUCACAGACCCCCACAGUGGACGAUUACACGCGAUCCAGAAAGACUCGGGUCUUUACAAAGACCUGCUGCACAAGCUACACAUGGCUAAGGUCGGUGACUGCCUUGGUGACAGUGACACAGAGGAGCAGCCCAUUCGGAGAAACAACAGCUACACCUCCUACACCAUGGCCAUUUACGGCAUUCAGGGAGACCCUAAGAACAAGGACAAUAAUGACGGGAGGAGGUGGUCCAGAGUGAACAGCUACAGCAGCGACAGUUCAGCAGUGGCCAGAGGAGAUUCAGCGAAGGAUGCCAGUGUGACACAGGAGUCCACUUGGGAGCAACCUCCUGAGGAAGAUGAGCUGGAGCUCGACCAAGCAGCUGUUUCCUCCCUUUUUCAGUUCCUUCAGAUACUAACGGCGUGCUUUGGCUCUUUUGCACAUGGUGGGAAUGAUGUCAGCAAUGCUAUUGGUCCACUUGUGUCCCUCUGGCUUUUGUAUGAGAGUGGCUCGGUUGCAUCCAAUGCACCGACUCCUAUCUGGCUAGUUCUAUAUGGCGGAAUAGGCAUCUGUAUGGGACUCUGGAUAUGGGGCCGCAGGGUGAUUCAGACCAUGGGCAAAGAUCUUACCCCCAUAACACCCUCUAGUGGCUUCAGCAUUGAGCUGGCUUCCGCCCUAACAGUUGUUGUGGCGUCCAAUGUUGGGCUUCCUGUCAGCACAACACACUGCAAGGUGGGAUCCGUGGUUGCCGUGGGAUGGCUGCGCUCAAGGAAAUCAGUGGACUGGCAUUUGUUCGGGAACAUAUUUCUUGCCUGGUUUGUCACUGUUCCUAUCUCAGGUCUCAUUAGUGCUGCCAUCAUGGCUCUCUUCAUUCACAUCAUUCUGUGAUCAGAAUCUUCACUCCAUGCAUUAUAAAUGCCAUCGAUAGCCAGCAAUUUUUCUUGAUGAAAAAAAAUUUACAUUUUACUUUAUGUAAUAAAAUUUGUUAUUAUUGUCAUGGACUGUAAUUGAGAAGUUAAAAAAUGUUAUGCUGCAUCUGUCUAUGCGACGCAUGAAAUUUAAAAAAAUGAAAUAAACACAUUUACAAUGAUUAAGACAAAACAUUGCAAGAUGUACAUACACCCUUUAUGAGAUACUCGUGUACAUAUCGAGAUCAAAUUGAGCUGAAGUUUUAAUGUCACACAGAUAUUCAGCUAAUUAUAUUUGUUUUAUGCUGACGGUAGAUUGCAGUGGUGUAGAACUGUAUGACAACCAACGUGUAUGUGUAAUAUUAUGUUACAAUGUAAUUGUCAUUAUUGUGUAUUUGUCCUCCCAUACACUUUACAGAGAUUAAAAAGACUGAGCAAGUGAUUGAGUACAUUCUGAA